CCAUUCCCCGCUUUCAAUCGGCAAAAACAAAAAAAAACAAACCCCGAGAAAAGGAGGAAAAAAAGAAAAAAGCUCGAGAAGAGCAAACCCUAGGCUCCCGUGGCGCCGACGAAAUCCUAAUUCGCCGCGUUGGAUCGGCCCAGGCAAGGGGCUUUUGCCGCAGAUCGGCGCUCCCCCGUCCCCGGAUUCGAUUCGGAAGCUCAAUUUGGCGCCGAUCCGUGGCUGGAUCUUCUCGCCGCCCGCCGCCUCUCCCGCUCCCCUUUCUCUCGAUCCGUCUGCGAAACACUAUAAGCACUCCGCCGCUCGUCAACCCUCCGCCGCCCCACCCGACGCCGCGGGUACCCGGAGGCAAGUUGCCCUCGCUGGUCCGCCACCGACGUCUGACGCUGACAUAUGCCUCUAAGGAUUGCAGAUGAAAGGAUAUGAUUGAAACUUUUUCUGUGAACUUGCUUUGGAUUCAAUUGAACCCCCAUGCUCCACGCCAAGUCCGCCCCUGAUCUGGGAGCGAAACUUUACGUAUGAUGGGAGCAGAAAUUCUGCGAAAAUCUGUUCUUUUGAUCCGUGGGCUCGUGAAUGGAAUCCAGUGGUGGUGACAAGCCCACUGCAACAGAUGCUACUGAGUCAGUGUUGGGUUUAGAUGGUGAGGAGACUUUGUCUGAGAGGGAAUCUGUUGGAGCGAGGCAAGUCCCUGGCUUGCCUAAUGGGGGUGGAAAGGAGGCUCCUUCAAGCAGUUCAUCUGCGGGGAGUAAGAGGAAGCGGAACAACUUGGGUUCUAAUCAAAUGGAACUCAAUGAACCAGGGACUCCGAGCUCCAGUUCAGGUGAUUCCACAUGGAGUAUAGAUAGUUUGGAUGACCGUCGCCAACCCUCAUUGUCGAGAAAUAAGAAUGACCACUCUGAGCAUUCAGUUACUUCUGCUGGAGUUACAGUGAUCAGGCAGCCUCGUGGUGUCUUGAGGUUGAGGAAGCUGCCCCAAAAUGUCAGUGCCGAGAGUUGGACUGGUGGUCAUAAUAUUCCGCAAGCCAAUGGAGUUCCUAGAUCUACCCAAUUCCCGAGUAGGAACAGGAGAGCGGAAUCGAUUGAGCUCAAGGGAAACAGAGUUGGUGGUGAUGACCCUAUCAGUUGCUUGAGAACUGAGAAUGGUACUUGCAAUCAUGAUACUGGUGCAAAGUUCUGUUCCGAAACUGAAUACUCAGUUCAAAAACAGUCUCAUCUUUCAGGUGAACCCCCUCAAGCUGUUCAUGUUGACAAGGGUAGCUGUGGCUGUGUAAAAGAUGAUGAUGGUGUUAAUUUGGAAGAAAAUGCUGCCAGGAUGCUCUGUUCUCUAUCAGAUAACAGAUGUGCAGGAUCACCAAGGAAGAGAAUGAAAUCACCUGAUAGGUCAUCAAAGAGACCUUUUCCUCAGCAUUCAAAUCAUUUCAAGAAUUCUUACAAAAAGAACAAGGAUGUACCUGGUCCAGCUAGGUUGCUGAGGAAGCGUGAUGAUAAAGUUCCAUUCAGGAAGCGUCGUCCACGGCGGCAUUUUUAUGAAGUCAGCCCUCGUGAUGUGGAUCCAUUUUGCAUUGUAAAAGAGAGGAUUAGGGUGUUUUGGCCUCUUGAUGAAACUUGGUACUUUGGCCUGGUCAAGGAAUAUGAUCCAGUUAAAAAGUUGCAUCAUGUCAGGUAUGAUGAUAAGGACGAAGAAUGGAUCAAUCUUCAAAAUGAGAGGAUUAAGCUGCUGUUUUUGCCUGCUGAAGCUCGCAGUAGAUCUAAAUGCAACAAUUCAAGGUCAGUGUUUAAACCGAAGUAUGAACAGGGUGACCGAGAAGACAUGGAUGGAAGAAAUACGGAGAGUUCUGAGUCAGGUCCUAUCAGCUCAUGGUUGGCUCGAUCAAACCAAGCAAAAUCUGCAACACUUAUUAACAUCAGCAAGCAAGAUCACCCUCAUUCUGACGUUCCAAUUUUAUUUGACCAAAAGCAGUGCCACAGUUCUGUUGCCAAGCAGGAUGGGAUCCCACCCGAGGACAGGAGGUUUCGCUUUGUUUAUUCUAGGAAGCGAUUUUGCAGAAAAAAGAAUGGUUUUCUCAACAUGUCAGAACAGAAUUCUAAUUCCCGAAGAAGUGUGAGUCCUGCCACAGUUAUUAGCACACUUGCUUGUAUGCAAUGUACUGAAACUGGUGCUUCGGUGACAUAUGUCAUACUGCUAUUGAGCCUCCCACUUAAACCUGUUUAUAAGUUGAUUCGAGAAGCCUGUUGUGUUUGGAUUUCCAAUGCCCUCUUCCUCCUUCAGCAUGGUACAUUGGUUGCCUUAUGGCCUGUUGUUCAUCUAGACAUACUUCUUGCCGAUAAUGUUUUAGGCUUCAAACACAUCCUUCUUGACACAUGCUUGAGAUCAGCAGUAUCUCUUUUUUGUUUACUUGUUGGAAGCAUCAAGCGGUAUUCUAGGCAGAAAACUACCAACGCAUUGACAAUGCCAAGCACCUUAAUCAGAUUUCAGAUAUCUGGCAUGCAUGGUAGAAGCCAAGUAGUGUUUAUGCUAUUCAGCUUUGUGGGGGUAGAUAAAUCAAAAUGGAAACACCUGCAAGGAAAGUUGCAGUACCACUGUUCAAAUAGGGAGUUCUCUAAAGAUUGCACAAAUGGUUCCGUUCAGAAAGGACUUUCUUCAAUUGAUCUCUUCUCUAAGGGUUUUGAUGUUCAGGAGGCUGACUUUCUUUCAGAAUCAAAUUAUUCAGAUAUUGGUCCUGUCAUUUAUUGUCUUGAUGAGCAGUGUAAAUUUUCUCACAAUAUGCUGGAUGUGACAACUGCACCUUCACUACUUCUUUGCCACCACUUAAAAUCGCUAACUGAAAUCAGUUCGAUUAAUGGUUCUCAACAAUCCAUUUCAUUUGCUUUGGAUGAGAAUCAGGAGUUGGUAACAGAACAUGUAUCUGGUACAGUUCGUCAUGCGCCUCCAAGAGUUUGUUUGCUUAAUCUUGGUUCGUCACCUGAUAGUCCAUUGGAUAUGGCUUCUACUAGUUGUACAGACCAAACUAGCUCAGCUAGUAGGGAAUCCAAGACUGCUGAAAGCACUGUAAGCACAGAAUGUAAUGGUGGCAAUACUGGUGAUGCAAACAUAAUGUGCAGAAAGUUUCAAGAUCAAAAUGGGCCUUAUGUUGGUGCUGACAAACCAUGUUCCUACAACCUUAAUGUUAUUUGCUCUUCACAGAAGUCUUCUGAGAGCCAUCUUUCCAUCAAUAUUCCUCAAGAUAAGGUGAUUGAUGCGCCGAAUGACAAACCUCUUAACAUAGAUGAAAAAGACAAGCAAGCAGUAUCUAACUUGGUCCAGGAACUGAAUGAACAUCCAAUUGGUCGUGCUACACCAACUGCCCCCAGGACAACCUACCAUCGGAAUCGGUUCACAUCUAUAUCACGCGCUUUUGGAGAUGGUUCAAAAUUACUGCCAGAAGACCUCAUGUUGACGGGCUUUUCUGGUGGUUCUAAGAAGCCACGAAGUCAGGUUUCAUACUCAAUUUCUCCUAGAAGUGAGGAAUUUGGCAUAAAACACAAAGGCCAUUUUCGCAAGAUACAAUCUCAUAGCAGUGCUAAGAUAAAUGAUGCAAAGAAACUUCCUGAUAGUUCUAGAAGUGGGCAUAGCAGUCCGGAGUCAUUGACUUGCGUUGCAAAUGUUCUGGUUACAGUGGGUGAUAGAGGUUGGAGGGAGUAUGAUACCCAGAUCACAAUGGACUCUGAUGGUCAGAGGGAACGGCGGAUAUGUGUUAAGCUUGCAGAAGGAAUGAAGUAUGCUCACAAGGUCUGCCAAGUUUUGCAGCCUGGGGCCACGAACCGCUAUACACAUGCUAUGAUGUGGAAAGGUGGGGCUGAAUGGUGCCUAGAAUUUCCUGACAGAAGCCAGUGGUUGAUUUUCAAGCAAAUGCAUGAUGAAUGUUAUAGCCAUAACAUCAGAGCAGCGUCUGUCAGAAAUAUUCCAAUCCCUGGUGUCCGUUUGGUUGAAGUCCAUGAUGAUAACGAUGUUGUAUCCUUUGUGCGAUCUGAAGAUUAUCUUGGCCACAUUGGAACAGAUGUUGAAAUUGCUCUUGAUGAAUCCCGUGUGGUAUAUGACAUGGACAGUGAUGAUGAAGAGUGGAUAUCAAAUUGGAGGAAAUUUUUAGUAGGAGAUGACAUCACUGCACAUGAAUUGGCAGAAGAUUUGUUUGAGAGGGUUAUGGACAAAUUAGAGAAGUUUGCAUAUAGCCAUAACUGCAAUGAGCUCAGCAUUGAUCAGAUGAAGGAACUUGAUAUUGAUAAUGUACCACUGGACAUUAUUGAAGUGAUACAUGCAUAUUGGCAAGAUAAGAGGCAGAAAAGGGGAAUGCCACUUAUUCGACAUUUUCAGUCUGCUUUGUGGAAGAUAUAUGAGCAGCAGCUACAUGAAUGGGAAUCAACAGUAUACAGAAUGCAGGGUUCAUCAAAUGGGUACCAAGAAAAGAAAUUACCUCCCAAACCUGCAUUGUUUGCCUUCUGUUUGAGGCCUCGCGGACUCCAUGUACCACACAAGGGACCGAAGCAGCGUUCUCAUAAGAAGCUUAUGUCCACAGGCUACCAUAGCUUUUCAAGAGAGCAUGACAGCUUUUACCGACAAGUGUCAGGCAGGAAAUACAAUGAAUACUUUGGGGAUGGGAGGAUAGGUGAAUCAUACGACAGUGGUUCUCUUUAUUCCCCAACAGGGUAUUCUCCCAGGUUCUCUACAAGAACAGAAUCUCCUCGGGCAUUUGAUGCCUCAGAAAGAAGCUCUACACCAAGAUUUUUCAGGACCAAUAGUGUCAAAAGGACUGCAAGCUUUGCAUUCUCUGAUGAUCACCAGCCAUCACCUUCCUUCCGCCAUCAGAAAGUAAAGCGAGGUGCGCCUGACCACUGGAACAAUGUCAUUCAUGAAUGGCAGAACUCGAAGCACCUCUUCCCAGGUUCAUCCCGCGUUGAUAUCGAGGAGCUCAAACUGCGUGAUGCUGCGAGCGCAGCGCAGCAUGCAGCUGCUGUGGCGAAGCUCAAGAGGGAAAAGGCUCAUUGCCUGAUGCGCAAGGCUGAUCUUGCCCUCCAUAAGGCCACGGUGGCACUCAUGAUGGCCGAUGCGAUCAAAUCCUCCAACAGGGACACCUCCCGGGAUAGUAGAAGGGAUUCAAGGGAUGAGGAACGCUGACAUCUUUUUCUUUUCUCCUUUUUGCCACGAGCUCUUGGUGCAUACAUGCAACUUGAACUCGCUGGAUCUUUCGCUGAUGAAGGGAGCUUGUUUGCUCCAGUCGACCGACUCAGUAGAUAGCAUCUCCUCUCUUUUUCCCCUCUUUGCACCUCCUGUACAUAGUUUUUCAUUGUUCUUUUUCCCCCCUCCUUUUUUAGACCUCCCGGUUAACAUGUUGCCCGGUGAAGAAUGGGCCAGAAUGGUAGGUCAGCUAUCUGUUGGUACAAUCUUGGCGUGUUGUCCGCAUGGUGGCUAUGUUGUCUCAUGGUUGAGUCACUCCAUAGAAUGUGACUGUUUGGGUCUUUGGGGCAUUCAAGCCGCUAUCAUACAAAAACAAUGGAGAGAUGAAUGAAAGGCACAGUACAGGGUGAGGUGCCUCUGAAACUGACAUGUUGCCCA